AUGGCGUAUUGGAGGUUUCAAAGCCCUGGCUUUGGAAAGGUCAUUUUCAUAUCCACUGAAGAUGUUGGGUCUGCUUGUGCGCGACGUUUCCGUGGGUGGACUUUGGCGUUGCGGCGUGACUCUGGCAACUGGCUUUGCGAUCUACAACAAGCUUAUGACUUUUUUGUGAAGCCCUCCGAAGCCGCCAGCUUUCCUUGGAAAACCUGUUUUGGCUUGAGGAUGCGGGCAUGCAUGUUGGAAGAGGAGCGAAAAAGAUGCGUGGCCCGCGAACGCAAAUAUGACCCGGAGUUCGAGAGCCUCGGUAGCAGCAAAGACGGAGAAUUCAGUCACCAACAAGGUGUGUGGCUGUGGCAAACCAUCAGCGUGGACCCAGCUGGGUACAGAGCACCCCACUACAAGUUCAUGAGCCAGGAGAUCAACCUGCUGGACGGAGAGGACUCGCUUCCGCCACCAACACCAGAGCAGGCAGAAGCGGAGGUAUUGGAGCAAGUUCCCAUGACCGUGAAUCUCUACGAUUGGAUCAGUGUCUUACUUGUCCCACGAGAUGGUCCGAUUGGCAUGGAUGAGCGCGACUACUCAUUUUUUCAGGUUAGCGUCUACAAUACGCAGGGCGUGAUGGAAAAUCCUCCGCCCGUUGCCUUCUUCAGCACUGGAAAACUUGGGGUGGGCCAGUUGUGCGCAGAGUUGCAAGAGAAGGACGUGGAACGCAAGGGCUCUCAAUCUGAAUGGGAUGACAAAAUUGAGGAGUUAGAUAAGAAAGUUGCCACUACCAUGUCCCAACUCUCGACCUUUGAAAAGCUAUUCAAGUUGCUCAUCAGCGUGGACGGGAAUGGAUCUACAAAGCCUUCAGACACUACUUUGCUCGAGUUUUUUGAGGCAAAAAUAGGAGAGGCGAUUGGUGAUGCCCCAGCUAUGUUCCACUCUUGUGAGAUUGCCUUUGAAGAUGUCACAGUCCUUUUGGCCACCCACAUUUCCGCGCUUCGAAAAGAAGAGCACCAGAAGCAGCGUCUCUCCACUCUUCUUGUGAAGAAGACAAAAAGACAACAGGUAUGGUUGAAGCCAAAAGAAGAAGAACUGAGGCAGCUUCACUGUGUCAUCUGCAUUGGAUUCAUCGAUUGUUGUGUCACCAGCCAUGUUCUUCAUUUGCCAAACGUUUGGCAGGAGAAGGUGUGGUUUGAGCUUCUGGCGUGA